AUGAAGUUCUCGGCUACCAUCCUCAGCGCAGCGUUGCUCACAGCCUCAGCUAUUGCUGCUCCUCUCACCGAACGCCGCGCAGCUCGCAAUGUCGCCAGAGCUGAGGGCCGCGCUAACCGAAUCACCCGUCCGCCUUACAAGCCUGACACCAGGGAGCUUCUUAGUCUGAACAAGACAAGCCACGAGGAGUACAGCUCCAACUGGGCCGGUGCCGUGCUCAUUGGCACCGGAUAUACCUCUGUCACCGGACAAUUCACCGUCCCCACGCCCAAACUACCCUCAGGUGCUUCCUCUACCACCCAGUACUGUGCCUCUGCUUGGGUCGGUAUUGACGGUGAUACUUGCAGCACCGCCAUCCUCCAGACCGGAGUUGAUUUCUGCAUCCAAGGAAGCAAGGUUACCUACGAUGCCUGGUACGAGUGGUACCCGGAUUACGCCUACGACUUCUCCGGCAUCCCGAUCUCCGCGGGAGAUGUGAUUAAGGUCACUGUGACCGCUACCUCCAAGACGGCCGGUUCUGCCGUGAUCAACAACCUGACUACUGGCAAAUCUGUUACCCACACUUUCACCGGUGGUGUUGAUGGAAGCCUGUGCGAGUACAAUGCUGAAUGGAUCGUCGAGGACUUUGAAAGCGGCGGCUCGCUGGUUCCCUUCAGCAACUUUGGAACUGUGACUUUCUCAAACGCCCAGGCCAAGUCUGGUAGCACGACUGUCGGCCCGUCUGGCUCUACUCUCAUUGAUAUCAAGCAAAGCUCGCAAGUCUUGACCUCCUCUUCCGUUACUAGCAACAGUGUUACUGUGAGCUAUGUUUAA